GUCGGACAUCUUGAACGCAGUCUCCAAUUCUUAUUAUACCACAGUAAAUCCAUCCAGUGUCCAGAACGCCAUUUUAUGAACUCCCCCUUUCUCCCCCUACUGCGAUGCCGCUCAAUUGACCAAUCUGCGGCCACUAUUUCUAACAGGUAACCAAUCACAGCAGGCUUUAAUGAAUCAGACCAGUGGCUUUAUAUUCACGGGGCUGCAUGAGGAAUGUAAACUAUUUAACAUGGAGACAGCAGUUGAUAAACUGGAGGCGAUGUUCCAGAAGGCAGAGGCUGACAUGGACUACAUGGAGAAACGGCUGAGGCUGGAAUUCCUGACAAGUGCUCCAGAGAACGGUGCAGCAGAGGAAAACCCUGUGAAGCUGCUGGAGAACCUGUCUGCCAUCAAGGUGAGGCAUGCGGCCUUGUGCACACAAGUACAGGAGAUUGCAGCCGAGCAGAAGCAGUCAAUGGACUCCAUUCGAGCACACCUCGACACCACUGUGCAGCUGGUGCAACAGUUACAGCAGACUGCUGACGUUGAGAUUCCACCACUGACUGAGAUGGAGCAGGAGUCUGCAGAUUUCCUUGGUUUAUCAGUCAAUCAAAACACAGCUGGGUUACUGAUGUCUAUGGAGCCUUCAGUCCAAGAGCAGCCUCAGUUGGUGCCCUAAGUUUGCAGCAGAUGAACAUGACGGUUAGCGACGCCAAGCUGAAGAUGUUGCAGCAUCUCUCUGGACAAGAAAGGGCACGUUUGC